AUGACUUCCUUCCUCGACCUCGCCAUAGAGCUCCGCUACUACGUCUACGAAUACAUGGCAAUGGAGAUCCCCAUCUCCGUUCCCUUCACGGCCUACCUCGGCCUCUACCUCUCUUGUCACCAGAUCAAAUCCGAGAUCGACAGCGAAUGUCCACCGAUCAUGCACGCCCACAUCACCGCACUCCAAGAUUCCAUUCAAUCAGCCUAUCUCACCAUCCCGAGCUCUUUCCUCACACGCCAACACCUCCACGUGUGUCACAUACGACAACUUGACUCUCCCGACAUACUGUUCCCCAGCUUUGGUUACAAUCAUCUUUUGCCGCUGUGCAAGCUCCACCUAGCCACUCUUGCUAUGGUUUCUGCGCGUGAUGUCGACGGAUCGCGCACGAUCGCGUUGCUUUACUGGGUUAUUUCACGAAUUCUUCGCGAAGAAGUGAAUGUGCGCCGCAUUGUUGUGCACAUGCCGAUCGUGGGAAAAAGCAGAGCGGAUGAUUUUCGGCAUACCGUGGCCCGCCCAUCGACAGGAAAGUAUGUUUUCCGAUGGGUUUUGACGCCAGAGGGUGUCGAAGCGGUCUGGCAAGUCGAAGGCAGUGGGGGCUGUGGCAAGCAGGAUGAGAGGGUGAUGCGCGUACUGCAGGGAGCAUUGACUGGGUCAGGAGAUGUGGGCAUGCCGCCGGGCACAUAUCCGCUCGAGCAUUCUUCCGCUACUGGGAAUUAG